AUGAAGGCGAUCAGCGCUGGCCGAGCGGCAAGGACCGCCACGGCCCUCGCUCAUGCACAGACAAUGCUCAAGAAAUUGCGCCUGAAGCAGGUCGCUCUCAAGCAAGACGAGUUUGACAAACUGGUUGCUACCGCAGGACGCACAUUGAACAGCUCUUCCGCGAAAGAAGUCCUCGAAUUCAUGGAAUCGCAGGAGUAUCCCAAAGUCGCGCCGACCACUCGCACGUACAACACGGUGCUCAAGUCGCUGUCUCGCGAAGGGCGCCAUGCCUCAGUCGUGUCCGUCUUUCAACACAUGGAUACGCUCAACCUCGUCGACACAAGGAGCUACGACAUUGCGCUGGAUUCGUGUGGUUGGCAUGGGGAUGUUGCACGAGCGCGUCUCCUGCUCUUCGAUAUGGACCGCCGUGGCAUUCCCCGCUCGACUGCGUCGUAUCAAGGCGCAAUCCAUGCAUGCAUCCAAUCGCACAACAUUUCUCAAGCGCUUCGAUUUUGGGACAGAAUGAUCAACACCGACGGGUUGCAUCCGACUGUGCAUGCGUACACUCAAUUGCUUUCUGUUUUGUCGCCAAACAACCGUGGAGGCCGCUCCAGCACGGUCGAUCAUUCGACGCUCGUGACGCAUUUCAACGAGGCAUUUGGUACCUACGGGCUCCAGCCGACACGGAAGAUGGCUCUGCUUGUGCUGAACGCGCUUCCUGUGGAGUGCAUUUUUCCAUGGCUCGAGAGCCUCAAGGAGCGAAAUCUCGCAGUCAGGAUGGAUGGCGCCAUCUACGUCGCAGCAAUGAACAAGGCCGACUUGGCCGGCAAAGUCGACGUCGUCGUGGACUGCCUGUCGUUGUACUUUCAGCGCCGCCAAAGCAAGCUCGAACACGUGCUCCCCCUCCUCCGUGGGCUGCACCUGACCCCCCGUGGCGUCGAUGCUGUCGUAUCCCACGUUUGGAGCACUUUCCACGAGAUUUCACCACACACACCGACGUUUAACGUCCUGCUCACGAUGCUCGGGCGCGCGAACUUCAAAGCGAACGUCUUGAGUACGAUGGAAACGAUGGUACUGGCCAGCCAUGCCGACCACCACAGCUUCCGCAUAGCGUUGACGUACUGUGCCGUGCAGGACCGUCUCACGGUGCUGUCGUGGCUGGAAUCAUACGAACUGCCUCCUACCAUCACGGACUCGGUCGUCGCAUGGAACAGCGCGCUCCAUGCGUGCUGCUUGCGCGGCCAGAUGGACCUGGCCGAGUUAAUUUUUGAGUACAUGCCAGUGCUCCCGAACGCGGCGUCGUAUGGGAUUUUGUUCAAAGGAUAUGCCAAGCAGCCGUUCACACCUGCGCUCGCUGCCGUCGUGCGCCAACACUACCACUCGAUGUGCCAGGAGCAACUGACCCCGACAACGUCUGGGCUCUUUUGCUUCGUGCAGUGCCUCCGCCCUCGCGACGUCCUGCCGUUCCUCGACGCUCUCUUCCGCGCUGCCAAGACGCAGCCUGUGUCUCGGGACGUGUGCCACAGUGCGCUGGACGUGUGCCGAGUGCACGCAUUGUGGGAAGAUGCGAUUGCCAUCGCUGGCUUGAUGACCAGACACAACGUUGUGCCCACCCACGAAACGCACUCGGUCGUGUUGCUCGCGUGUGCAAAUGCCGGUCAAUUCGAUGCCGCCAUGACGUACUUGCACUCGAGUGUCGCAGGAGACGCGGCUGCAACGACAUCCGCUCGUUCCCCCAACGCAGUGUCCCACAAGUACGCGACUGCAACCAUCACAGACGUGUUCAACGCUGCAAUCGAAGUAUGCGCCAAGACGAAACAUGUUGACGAAGCGACGGCUCUUUACGAAGGCCUCCAGAAGAUGGGACUUACACCCACCAGCACGACUGUGACGAGGUACAUCAAGCUCCUCGCAUCCACCGGCGACAUCGCAGCAGCCCGGCAGCUCCUCUUGGACUGGCACACGUCGUCGACGGAGCUUGAGAUGGACAUCGCGCCGUACAACGCGCUUCUGAGCGCGUGUUGCGCGCAACGGGAUGUCGACAUGGCAUUCACCAUUCUCGAAGACCUCCAGGGCAGGACUUCACGUGCGGGUGGUGGACCUGGCACGAAAUGGCGCGCCACCACCACAGAUUCCUGGAUCGUUACCCCAGACAUCUACACGUACGGCCACUUGCUGCACGCUCUGUUGCAAUCGGAUGCGCGUUGUGUGGACGACAUGCAGCGGUUGCUUCAAGAUUUGAUCGGCCAAGGCAUCGAGCUGUCGGUCGUUCCAUUCACGCUAGUCAUGAUCAAGUGCUUGAAGAAGGGAGUCCCACGGACUGCCCUCGACGUGUAUGACUCGAUGUUGAUACAGCAUAACGUCCUCCCGGAUCAUGUUGCCUUCCUUGUCUACGUGGACGCGUGGAAGCAUUGCUUGGAGACCCCAACACAAGCGUCCAAUGCCCCGAUCGAGCUUUCUGUCGUCACGCGGCGCCUGCUGGACUCCAAGUGGGGUCUCCUCCACGCCACCGACAAGGACGAAGCGCCGGUACUGGUCCUGCGCGUGUUGCAACUGUUUCACGUCUUGUGGACGCAAAGAGACCUGAAUCUGGUCGACGACGCCCGGUCGUUCCUCGACAUGGUGGCCACGAUGGAAGACGACGAGAAUGAACUGCCGUGUUCGACCAAGAAGACCAAACUUUUGCUCGGCGACUCGUAUGCUGUCGUGAUGAGGCUUCUAAAUGAAGCUGGACGUGCAGCCGAGUCGAUUUCCCUCGUGGGCGAGAUGAAAGCGCGGAGUACGCCGUUGUCUGUGGACUGCUACGUUGAAUGGAUGGUUGCGUUGGAGGAAGCAGAAAGAUGGCCCGAGAGUACCGACGUAUUUAUGGAGAUGCGCCGGUCGUGUGGACCCACCAGCGCGUCCGUGGACCAGCUGAGUCGAACGUACAUGGGGCGGCAAUUCCUGAGGUCGAAUUCGGUGUCGACUCUUGGCAAAGAUGCACAGAACUUCAAGACCAAGUAGAUUCUAAGCGGUGCAUUGGUGAAUAGAGCGACUGCGCAC